AUGGUCUCAGCUUCCCAACUCUUCCUCAGCACCACACCAUCCACUCAGCUCCCUCCCCACUCCCUGGUAAACUGCCUCCAUGACAUCAAAGCUUGGAUGACAUCUAACCAACUCAAACUCAACAGCAAUAAAACAGAGCUCAUGGUUGUGGCCCCCAAAGCACUGCUGUGGAAGGUUGGAGAUCUCGUGCUCGAUGUGGACAGGACCUCCAUCUGCAGGAGAGGCAGAAACCGGCCCUUUGCUCACAUCACUGUAAUUAUAGUUUCCUUUAAGAGAGCGAGUCAGACACAGACUCAGAAGAGUGAGGGACAGCACUCAGGCAGGAUAGCAUCUCACAGCUGGACUAACAUCUGGACUAAGACAGGAGGAAUGACUCUUCAACCUACAAGCUUCCCUGCUGACCUCAGCACACCAGCUCCGCAUGGAGGCCUAAACAGCACCAACGACACUGGAUGUGCAGACACAGAUGUCUGGGAGUGGCUCUACAGCUGGCAGCCAGUGUACAUAGCACUCAUCACUGUGCUGGGAAUUAUUUUUAAUGUCUUCGUCCUCAUGGUUUUCUGUUUGCACAAGAAGGCCUGCACCGUGGCCGAAAUCUAUUUGAGCAACCUGGCUGCCGCUGACCUCAUCCUGAUGUGCUGUUUGCCUUUCUGGGCUGUAAACAUAUCCAACGGUUUCCACUGGCCCUUUGGGCUGUUUCUGUGCAAAGUCGUCAGUCUUGGAAUCAAAAUGAACGCCUACUGCAGCAUCUACUUUCUUGUUCUUGUAGGCAUAGAUCGCUAUGUCGCACUGGUGCACACGAUGUCCCAUGGCAGGAUGCGUAGGCCCAAAUAUGCCAAGCUGAGCUGUCUGCUGGUGUGGGGUUUUGGGUUACUGCUCUGCGUCCCUACUCUUGUCUUUAGGAGAGUGCAACAUUUCCCAGAGUACAAUGUGCAUGCAUGCUUCCUGGACUACCCAAAACAUAUCCCCUACCUACAGCUGCUCUUUGAUGUGAUGCUUGUUAUUUUUGGCUUCAUCAUCCCCAUCUCCAUCAUCACAUACUGCACUGUACGAAUUAUUCAUGCUCUGAAGAUGCAGUCAAUCGAGAGAUUUAAUGCUGAGAAAACAGAGCAAAAAGCCACCACGCUGGUGUUGGCGGUCCUUCUGGCUUUCCUUAUCUGUUGGGUGCCCUUCCACAUCGUCGCCACUGUGGACGUGCUUGCACGCGCUAUUGGCCUGGUAGGGUGCUUUCUAGAGACAGUGCUGGACAUCUGCAACCAAAUCUUCACCUACUUAGCCUUUUCCAACAGUGUUCUCAAUCCCAUCCUCUACGUCAUUGUCGGAAAGAACUUCAGGAAAAAAGUCAGAGAGCUCUUGAAACAGUGGAACAUUAAGAAACCAGUAACCUCUGACUCCACAAGGUCAAACCAAUCCUCUACUCUGAAGACUCUGGCAUGA